GAUAGUCUCGCGUGAUGAUCACGCUUGUCGAGAGGGGUCGAUGCGAGGAAAAGUGGAAAAUCGACUGAUUGAUGCAUUUGUAAAAACGGAUAGUUAGCUAUGUUUCGAUCACUGCUCGCCAAUUAUCAUAGGAAAACCUACCGAAAUUGCAGAUUUACAGUUUACUGCCUGCACUUCCCUCCUUCGCGUGGGGUAUAAGGCGGCCCUGGGGGGUUGAAUUCUCGCUAGCUAAUUUAGCUAACCCGAGCUGCUGGUUAGCUUUGUUUACAUCAAGUGCGCGCCUGGAGUCUGGAGGCUAAUCAAACGAAUUUAAGACCCGAUGAGCGCCCCUUUUAAUUAAACACCGACGAAGAGACAUUCUUGGAUAGUAAAUGGGCUCCAUGGCGAACCUCGACCAUUUCUCGAGUCAAAGGUUUGGAUGAUACCGUUAGCUAGCGUCUGCUACUAAAUGCUAAUCUUUUGAUCAUGGCUCUUUGGAUCUGUAGACUCAGUGUGAGCUGAUAAGUGGUGCUGGGGAUAAUGUGAGUUAUUACAAUUGAUCCCGAUUAGUAUAAACUUGAAUCGUGCGCUUUAAAGUCAGUUUUAAUAAGGAACGACUCCUCACCGGUAAUGCUAACAUUAGCCUGUGGAGCUAGUGUGCGCGUUUAGCCAUGAUCGGAGUGAAUUAUUGUCUGCACUGAAGAAGAAGAAGGACCGGAGGGGCUGAGUGUUGCUCCACCAGACAGGUUUAAUAUUUGUGGUUAUCUCGAUUGGUUGGAUCAUUUCCCCGGGCCGUGUUCACACCGCUAUGAACUCUAUUAAUGCGACCACCCUGUACGUGUCUGCAAGCCGGGCCGUGCUGCAGUGUGACCCGCGGCAGCCCAACACCUUCACAGACAUGUACACGCUGCUACCCUACUUCAGACAGUCCCUCGCAUGCCUUGUCUGCGGUAAGCAUCCCUUAAAGUGUUAACUAAAGCUUUCACUGUGAUGCAAGAUGUUAUAGUGGGAAAUUAUCUUUUUAUUUCCAUAAUUCAUAGUGACUGAAAUGUCCGUGGGCGUGCGCUCGCUUGCAGCAGUUGACACAAUUCGUCGUGCUCACUCACUCACUCGCCACCUUGGUCUCCUUAGCAACCGAGGCUGUGCCCCAGUCAUCUGUCCUCUUGUCAAGACAGAUGACUCCUCUGUGUUGUCUGCUGUUGCAGCGCCAUGUGUUUCCUAUUCAUGCCUUAUUUGCUAACACGGCAGAGCUGGUAAAACAUCAACAGUGGGUCAUUGGCAGUUUUGACUGAACGUGUGACAGUCAUUCUAGUUCCUGCUAAUUCUGUAAUGAUGCUUAUGGUAUAAUGUGUGUAUUCAUGCAGUUUGCACACAGGCAAAGGGUCAUAGAGACAAGUCUUGGAGGGUGUUAUGUUUGUUCAAACUGGGGCUGUUUGGUUGGAAAGAAAGACAAACACUGACAUAAAAGAAAAAUCUCAUGAAUCAGUAUUUAUUGAUGACUCUCUGGUCAACACUUACAUUAAAUAAAAGAAGGAGUGUAAUCCUACAGCUGCUGUAAAAAGCAGCGAAUUAUACAGAAUUUCAACCAUUUACCUAUGUACAUAUUUGCUGAGAUUUCUGUCUUUUCUCUCGCAAUGCAGUUCUAGUUUGAUGAUCAUCAGAUUAAGCAUUUUCAGUCUGGCUCUUUCGCUGUCUUUCAAUGGCUUUGUCCGAAAUGAAUCACUCAACCCCUAACCCCCAUUUGGGAUUUCACUAUAAAGCUGACUAUGUAGUGAUCUCAGUCACCAGAGGUUUCAGACACUACAUGGCAUGACGCAAUGUGAGUGACCAUCGGAUGGUCACUACAUUUUGCAAUGCUCCGGCACUCCAUCCUCCAGCACCAUGCUGUUCCACCUGGACUCAGACUUGUGGGUCAUGAGUUUGUUUUGCAGCAAGACAAUGACCCUAAGCACUCUGCCAAGCUCUGUCAGGGUUACCUAGACAAAAAAAGCAGAGGAAGGUGUUCUUCAAAAGACGGUUUGGCCCCCUCAGUCUCCAGACCUUUCUCCAAUAGAGCUUGUGUGGGAUGAAUUGGAUCGAUCGGUCAGAAAAAUGUGUCCCACAAAUCAGCAGUCUCUUUUUAAUGAACUUAAAAAAGCUUGAAAUGCAAUCCCUGGAACAUACCUUAAAAACACAAAACUAUAGUGUUUUUUUUGUACAAAUCUGAUCUUGCUUCCAAACUUUUGGCCUGUAGUGUGUGUGUAUAUAUAUACACAUAUUAAACUUGCACCAGCGCCGAUUUCCUUAAUUUUGGGAUAUGAGUGAUCGGCUUAUCCUUACAUAUGAAACCAAUUUUAUCCACAGAUCAUAUCUACCUCAGCAAAGGUUCGAAAGUCAGCCAUUGUAGCUUUUUGCUUUGCCAAAAUGACAGGCCCGCCCCUCACAACAUAGUCAUCAGGAGCAUGUUGAACUCACUAAAAGGAAACCUAAAUCUCAGGACAGUUUACUGGUGGUUUAAGUUGUGUUGUUAGCUUGUCCUGUAGAUUAUUAUUUUAUGUGCAGUUAGAACAAACACAUAAAGUUUGUAUUGUUUCACCGGGAUUGUUCAAUUUUUUUCAUUCAGAGUUGUAUCUUGUCAGUUAUUAAAAAAAUUGGUAUCGUCCAAAAUCAAGCUAUGUAAAGAUCGGUGACUGGCCAGAAAAUUGUGAUCGGUGCACCCCUAAUAUAUAAACAUAUAUUUACUGCUCCUUUUAUUUACUAUCUCUUCAUUAUUAUUCCGUCUCUCAGGUAAACUACUUCAAGAUCCCAUAUCUCCCACACAUCCAGAGUGUCAGCAUUGUGUCUGUUUGGGCUGUAAAGGCCAGAAGAUGCGGAUGAGGCUAUCGUGCAGCCGCUGUAAAGACUAUUCCUGCUUCCAGGAGAACAAACAACUCUCUUUGCUGGUGCAAUGCUACAGGAAGCUCUGCCUCUAUGUGACUCAUUCACCGCUGCUGCAGCUGAUCAGCAGCCACGUAGGAGGGUCCCCUGAGAUUAUGGCCUUGCUAGAGGAGGUGCUAAUGUCACAUGAGGAGGAGGUAGAGGCAGAGGACCUUUGCCUAGCACAGGAGGAUGUGAAGCCCGCUGCUCCUGACUCCCUAACGCCCACGGAGGCACCGCCUGCUCCUGCAGAGCUCUCAGCUGUCCCUCAGAGCUCCUCCUCCGACCCUCCUUGUUCCAAUGGACCUCAGGAAUGUAAUGGAGAAGUUCUGGAGGAUCUGGAUCCCUCAUCCCCUGAGUUGGAAGUGUGUGAGCUGGUAGAAGAGCAGCCACAGGCAGGCCUGUCUGUGUCUGAAACUGGCUGUGGUGGUCUGGAGCUGAGUCUGACCACGGGGCCAUUAGCCCCGACUGCAGGCACUGUGUGCUCACUCAGGGAUGGGGAAUCAAGCAGCAGGGAGCUGGAGGAGGGGGAGGUGUUGCUUCUCAGUGUGGAGGAGGUGUUACAGACAUUGGAUCCCCUUCAGCCCGGUCGAGAUUCUCCUCAUUCACAGCCAGAAAGAACGCACACUCACACACACAUAACCACGGACAGAGCACACACUCAAAUGUACAUACAGCUAGAUGCAGCUCACAACUACACACAGCUUCGAACAGACAGGACUAACACAGUGGCAAGUCAUGGUGCUCACAUCCACACAUCCUCCUUCGAUCCCCCUCCCUCAUCCAAGCCCCCGCCAGUCCGCCUUAAACGAAAACGAUCACGUUCAGAGAGCGACAGGGAGAAAGUCAAACCCCUCCCUAUCUCCUCCAUCCUGCAGGGCUCCUCCUCACACUUACACACUCCACAUCCCUCCCAGACGCUUCACACGCACCCGCCUACGCCCUCCUUAACUGUACCAGCUCACACGUACUCAUCCCUUUCCAACGGGGCGCCUCCAAAACCCAACCGCCCGGCUCCCAACCACAACAAAGGCGCCAGGAAGCACGUCGACCCGGGCCCGAAGAAGCCCCACGCUAAGGCGCGCAGCGGCGGAGGCCCUAAGACGAAGGACGGAAACAAAGAUCAGCGGUUGAUGUCAGGCUGCCUGGUGCCUCCAGCUCCUGUCAGACCCCCGUAUAAGAAGCCUGUGGAGAAGAAAGGCUGCAAGUGUGGCAGGGCCACCCAGAACCCAUCUGUGCUGACCUGUAGGGGGCAGCGCUGUCCCUGCUACUCAAACCGCAAGGUGAAACUAUAACCAAAGGAUAUUUUUUUAUCAGUUUUGAUCAAUGAAAGUAACAUUUUUGUCUUAUAUGAGCCCUCAGGAUGUCAGUUUGAGUCUAACAUGACAAAGUUUUCUCAUAAAUCUGACAACAGUGUGUUUUUAAAUGUUAUUUGAUGUUUUCAUGUUUCUAACCAUAUUUUUGAAGGAGAAACUAUGAAAGGCUUAAGUUAUCCACAACUUUCUCAUAGUUUCUGGUCUUUGGCUGAAUGUCCUUGUCUAUAUUCUGUCUCAGGCGUGCUUGGACUGCAUCUGCCGAGGCUGCCAGAACUCCUACAUGGCAAACGGCGAGAAGAAGCUCGAGGCCUUCGCCGUGCCGGAGAAAGCCUUGGAGCAGACGCGCCUCACCCUCGGCAUUAACCUCACCAGCAUCACUGCCGCCGCCGCGCUCCGCAACCCGGCGACCACCAGCAUCCGCGCUAACACCCUCCUCAACGUCGCCACCGCAACAGGGACCCCUGUUACCACGGCCUUCCUGUCCCCCAGCCCCCCUCAAGAACCCAACUAUGAAGACAGUCUGGAGCUGCUGAUUGGAUGAGAGCCUGGGACUCGUUAGAGACAGCUCUUUGCUGAUUGAAUGUGACAGCUGAUCAGUGUGUCUGUCAGACAACCUAAAACCCCUCCUCCCCUUUAAAAUUGGGAGGCUUUCUACGGCAGCUAUGGGUCUGUCCUGUCCUGUAACCUGCUCUUCUUCUUUGUUGGAAAAUGCUGAGUAGUAAGACUAGCAUGGGUGUGCCAAAGCCUCCUGUAUUGUGCCUGUGUGCCGGUGUGUAUUGUUGCCUGCCUGUAGUUAAACACUUAUACUCGGUUCUGUAUUUCAGAGGUGCUUUUGUUCACUAAAUCACAGACAUGUUUGAAGAGGCAAUAGGCACUCAUACCCAUUUUUGUGUUUGUCAGCGUCUACACACAAUUAUAGAUUUUGCUAGUGUGUGAUUUUUCAGUGCGUAACAACGACGAAAACAGCAUCAUCAGAUCUCAGUCACCAUGUCACAGCAUAUUCCAUGUUUGAGUGUUGCUUCAUAUAUGUUUAAGAGAUGCAUAAUCUGUAUUAGGACGACCCUCACUAACCCUUAACCGUGUAUGUGUUCACACCUUAAUAGUGAAUGAAUCUCGUGACUAAUCUACGGAGAACUUCUGUUUCACACGACUGUUUGCCUUUUUCUAUCUCGUGAACUCACUCAAUCCAAGUACUGUCGGAUUAACAAUGAAUUUGUCUUAAUGAACAUGACUGAUGCAGGCAUUGUACAGGCAGCGAGGUAAUGUCAAAGCACUUGGCUGGCUCCACGGUUUCAGUGUGCGAGAGUGUGUGAGAGAGAGAGUGUGUGUGUGUGUGUGAGUGUGAGUAUGCAUGCGCCUGCUGAGAUUUACUGUAAUGUCAGUGAGGGGGUGUGUGAAGGGUUGUAAGCACUUAGUCUGAUUGAUUGGCCAAUUUACAACUUAAAAACCAUUCUUGGUUACCAUAGCAAUAGGAGCACCAACAAGGGGCCUCCCAGCUCUUGUGCACACACACACCGUUGUUUACAGCAUUACCAUUUAUAUAAUCUAUAACUGACUGUCUUCUAUUAUAUUACACUGUUAUGUCUUGAUUAAGAGAUUGCACAUGACUGUGUUUAGAUAAACUGAAGCCAUAGGUUGUCAUUAACGAGACAAAAUAUCCCCCCGUGUGUGCGUCCCCUCCCCUUGUUGUAGUGUCCUGACUGAUUAGAGACCAACUCAGAGACUAUUUUUGAUACCAAGUGUUUGGUACCGCUGUCUUUCUGUGUUUUGGUUCAAGCACCUUGAAGCCCAGCUAUAUCCCAAGAGGCUUUGUGUUGUCCGUGUUUGUGUUUACCGUCUCAGCUGUAACUACAACAUGUUUGUCAAUCCAGUCAUGGCGACCAAAAAAAAAAAGAGACUGAAGCAGAAAAAAGAGAGAGAAAUAGAGAGAGAGGACUCAGGCAGACCAAACAAACACCUUGGUUCUCCACUCAUUUGACCAGAAGCAGCAGGUGGAUUACAGUCAGAUCAGCAGAUAUGAUCUAUCUUCCUGCUCCUGUGUGUGUCUGUAUGUUUGUUUCAAAAUGUAUUUCUUUUGGGCAUUACUUGAACCCUGGUUAGUUUUUGGUAUUUUUUUUUUUAAUGUAAAAACUCUUAUUUGAGGAGUGACUCUUAUUAUUGCUGAAACAUUCACUGCCAUAAUAUGGAAACAUGUAAUACAACAUGAAUUAAAUGAUAGUUUUUUACUUUUUCA